UGUCGUGUGCAGAGGCAGGGUAAAAAGCGCGCGGUUCGCCCUCAGCUCGCUCCGCACGGGACUGUCCGCGGCUCGGUCCGGUCCAAUAAAGCCAGAAACUUCCAGAAAGUGAGAUGAACAGGCUGGACUCGCUGGGCGGGUUCGGGAGGCGCAGGCGGCUCGGUUCGGGCGGGGAGCAGGUGUGUAUGGUGGACUGCGGUCCUCCGUGCCGCUGCCCGGGGACGGAGCCGUGUGUCUGCCGCUUCUCGCAGCGCUCAGCCCGGCUGCAGGAGGGGAAGGAGAAUGGCAGUCCUUCUGAGGCGUGGGCCUCUAAAAAACAUGGCUUCAAUAAUCUGGCCUACGAGCCGGGCAGUCUCAGUGACCUUAGACCAAACUCAGGUCACCCAUCACGGCUAUCCCUCCUCAUCAGUGGCCCUACAUCUCCAGACUGCGUUCAGGGUCUUCAGUCCUGGCUCUCUGCUCUCAGUGGGGUCACUGCUGUGUCUGUUCCUCAGUCAGGUUCUGGUUUAGCUUGGAUAGACUUCCACCCAUCCACAGUUACAACCAGAGAGAUCCUGCAGGAGAUACAAGGGAUGGGAUAUGGAGUAAAUGAAGUGUCGAACGCUGGGGUUUCUCAGCCUGCGCUACCAAGGCUGGAGGAAAGCUUGGUUAGGAUCAGUGUGGAGGGAAUGACCUGCCACUCGUGUGUACGCACCAUCGAGGGGCGCAUUGGAGCGCUGCAAGGAGUUCUGGGUAUCCAAGUAUCUUUAAGCGAGAAAGAAGCUGUUAUAUGGUUUAACAAUGAAACAGUGAAGCCUGAUGAACUGAGGAAACACAUAGAAGAAAUGGGAUUUGAGGCUUUUGUAAAAGACCCAUUGGUUCCACAUCUGGCCACACAAACCGGACCUCACACACCUGACUGGCUUGAGGUGAGGUUAGGUGUGGAAGGGAUGCAUUGUGGGUCAUGUGUGAAGAACAUUACAGAAAACUUGUCUGGAAUGCUGGGCGUACAGAGUGUGCUUGUGUACUUGGAAAGUAAGACAUUGGAUUUGAAAUAUGACCCAUCUCUAGUGACCUUGGACACAGUUAAAGGGGUGUUGGAAAGUCUUCCUCCAGGGAAUUUUAAGGUAACCCUUCCAGAAUCAGGGUCUUUUCACAAACCAAGGACUAAUGGCUCAAUCCGUUCCCAGAACUCUGUGGAGUCACUGCAGAAGGUGACAAUAGGAAUAAAAGGAAUGACAUGUAACUCAUGUGUGCAGUCCAUUGAAGGACUGAUAUCUCAGGAGCAUGGUGUGCAUUCCAUCACAGUUUAUCUAAAGGAAGAGAAGGGAGUAAUAACAUUUGAUUCCAGUCUUACCACCUCCACAGAACUCAGGAAUGCCAUUGAAGACAUGGGCUUUGAAGCAUUCUUGAAACAAGAUUCUCUUCAUGGCGGCCAGGCUAGAGGACCGGGAUCACACAGAAGCACAUCCUCUCGCUCUAUGAACCCGACUCCUCCAACUCUCAGACCGCAGACCCCUAGAUCUCAGGCAGCUUCGGUUAAAUCAGGAAGAGCAGGAGGUUCGGAGGAGGAGAAGUUCCAGAAGUGCUUUGUCUGUGUAACAGGGAUGACCUGCGCUUCCUGUGUAUCCAACAUUGAGAGAACGCUGCUCAAGCAUAAAGGGAUUAAAUCUGUCCUGGUAGCUCUAAUGGCGGGUAAAGCAGAGAUUAAAUAUGACCCAGAGGAUCUUGACCCGGCUCAGAUCGUCAAACUCAUCUCUUGCCUGGGCUUCGGAGCGUCGCUGGUGGAGGAGGGUGCCAUUAAUGAUGGAGUUCUGGACCUUUCUGUGACGGGGAUGACGUGCGCUUCCUGUGUCCACAACAUCGAAAGCAAACUCUGCAGAUCAAAGGGUAUUCUAGAGGCCACCGUCUCCCUGGCAACCAGCAAGGCCCAUGUGAAGUUUGACCCAGAUGUGGUGGGGGUCCGUGACAUCAUCAGAAUCGUUGAGGGUCUGGGCUUUGGAGCAUCAUUGAUAAAGAAUGAUGACUUGAGAAAGAACAAUGAUUUGGGUCAUCAGGAGGAGAUUCGGCAGUGGAAGCACUCAUUUCUCAUCAGUCUGGUGUGUGGUAUUCCUGUGAUGGGGCUGAUGAUCUACAUGAUGGUGAUGGACAGCCAGCACUCAGAGCAUGGGGGCUCUAUGCCAGAGGAGCAGAACAUCCUGCCUGGCCUUUCCCUCCUUAACCUGGUCUUCUUCCUGCUCUGUACACCUGUUCAGAUCUUCGGCGGCCGAUACUUCUACAUCCAGGCCUACCGCUCUCUGAAACAUGGCGUGGCUAACAUGGACGUGCUCAUCGUUCUAGCCACUACUAUCUCCUACGUGUACUCCUGCAUUGUGCUGUUGGUAGCCAUGAGUGAGGGGGCCAAGCAAAGUCCAGUCACAUUUUUUGAUACGCCCCCUAUGCUGUUUGUUUUCAUUGCCCUUGGACGCUGGCUGGAACACAUUGCUAAGAGUAAGACGUCAGAGGCGCUGGCGAAGCUCAUGUCUCUCCAGGCUGUAGAUGCCACUAUAGUGACUAUCGGCCAUGACAACUCCAUCAUCAGUGAGGAGCAGGUUUCUGUGCAGCUGGUUCAGAGAGGAGACGUGGUGAAGGUGGCACCUGGAGGAAAGUUUCCUGUUGAUGGAAAAGUGAUAGAAGGAAGCUCUAUGGCUGAUGAGUCUCUUAUAACAGGAGAGCCGAUGCCGGUGAGGAAGAAGCCGGGCAGUUGUGUGAUUGCUGGAUCUAUAAAUGCUCAUGGAGCUCUGCUGGUGGAGGCCACACAUGUUGGAGCAGAUACUACACUCAGCCAGAUAGUUCGACUGGUGGAGGAGGCUCAGACGUCCAAGGCGCCCAUCCAGCAAUUAGCAGACAAACUGAGUGGCUACUUCGUCCCGUUCAUCGUCGUCGUCUCUGUGGCAACACUGGCUGCAUGGCUCAUUAUUGGCUUUCUGGACUUUGACAUUGUGGUCAAGUACUUUCCUGGCUACGAUACAAAUAUACCCCGGACUGAUGUGAUUGUUCGCUUCGCCUUCCAGGCUUCCAUCACAGUGCUGUCCAUCGCCUGCCCCUGCUCUCUCGGCCUGGCCACUCCCACGGCCGUAAUGGUGGGCACAGGGGUGGGCGCCCAGAAUGGCAUCCUUAUAAAAGGCGGAGAGCCGCUGGAGAUGGCCCACAAGAUUAAAGCUGUCAUGUUUGAUAAAACGGGUACCAUCACUAACGGCGUGCCUCGGGUGACCCGGGUGCUGGUGCUGUGGGAUCAAGCACGACUUCCUCUCCGGAAGGUUCUGGCCGUUGUUGGUACUGCAGAGGCCAGCAGCGAGCACCCGCUGGGAAUGGCAGUUGCCAAACACUGCAAAGCGGAGUUGGGCACAGAGCUGCUGGGGCACUGCCAUGACUUCCAGGCAGUACCAGGCUGUGGAAUCAGCUGCAAAGUUUCCAACAUUGAGGAGCUCCUACAGAACAGCUCAGAGGCAGAGGGUACACACACACCAGCGCACACACAGCAGACCCUUCUCACACUCCAGGGAGCCACUACAGAUGAGAGCAGUUUGGUUGAAAACUCAAGCCUCAGAUUAGGACCCCCCACAUACAGUGUUUUGAUAGGAAACAGGCAGUGGAUGCAGAGAAAUGCUAUACAAGUCACAGCUGAUGUGGAUGAAGCCAUGAGCAGCCACGAGACUAAAGGCCAGACUGCCAUCCUGGUGGCUAUAGAUGGUGUGCUGUGUGCUAUGCUGGCUAUAGCAGACACAGUGAAGGAGGAGUCGGCUCUGGCGGUGCACACGCUGAGCAGGAUGGGUAUUGAUGUUCUCAUGAUCACUGGAGACAACAGACGCACUGCUAAAGCCAUCGCUACACAGGUAGGAAUCAGGAAAGUGUUUGCUGAGGUCUUGCCCUCUCACAAGGUGGCGAAAGUACAGGAGCUGCAGGCGAAGGGGCUGAAAGUGGCCAUGGUGGGCGAUGGGGUCAACGACUCACCAGCUCUCGCCCGUGCUGACCUGGGCAUCGCCAUCGGCACAGGCACUGAUGUAGCCAUUGAGGCAGCUGACGUAGUUCUAAUACGGAAUGAUUUGCUGGAUGUGGUGGCCAGUAUUGAGCUGUCUAAAAAGACUGUGCAGAGAAUCCGAAUCAACUUUAUGUUUGCUCUCAUUUACAACCUGCUUGGAAUUCCAAUUGCAGCAGGUGUUUUUAUGCCUGUGGGUUUGGUGCUUCAGCCCUGGAUGGGUUCAGCAGCUAUGGCUGCUUCCUCCGUCUCUGUUCUGGUUUCCUCUUUGCUGCUGCGUCUCUAUAAGAAGACGUCAGCGGAGCAGUACGAGGCGCGGGCUCACGGCCGGAUGAGCAGCUUGAGUUCGUCUCAGGUCAGCACUUACGUCGGGCUGGAGGAGAAGCGCUGCAGUCCUCACGCUCUUCAGCGAGGCCGAGCCAGACACAGCAAGACCAGCCGCGGCUCCCAGCCCCCGACACCCUCUGCUCCCAGCUCCAGACCUCACUCAUACACACACCAAAACCUCACCCAAAACUCAGCACUGAAGCACAAGCUGAACGAACAGGAGCUUGUAGUGUAGCCCAGCCAACAAAUUCACACAAGUGAAGCUUAGAUGGGUUUUUUGUGGGUAUUGGUUGUAAGUGGGUUUGUGUGGGUCCUGACUAUUGAGGAUCAGGGUGUAAGGAGAAGGGAAUACAGUCUGUAAUUAAAUAGAUACAAAAUGUUCCUAUAUGAUCAGUGCCACUGAUAAGAAGGAUACUGCUGUAGAAACAAGGAUUAUACAAGUAUAUACUGAGAAAACCCUGUGUAGUUGCACCUGGGUCCUCAUUUGUGUUGUUUUUAAUGUGUUGCAUUAAUGUGAAACAGUGAUGAAUAGACAUGUUUCCUCUGAAACACAUAAAGCAACACUUAUUGUGUUAUGCUAGGUUCACACUACAGGAUUUUGGGCCAGUUUUUCAGUUGCCGGAAGUUUUUCGUUGAUCGCAGACAAAAACUCUGCUCGGGGGAAAAUCGGGGAUCAUUCGGUGCUCGCUCAGUCGCGUAGUGUGAACUACUGAAAGACGCUCGUCGAUCCGUCGCUUACAGAUCGCCGAUGAGUCGCAGACCCCUGCCAAAUAUUCAUCAUGUUUAAUAUCUGACUCAGUCUGCAACUAGACGCCAGGAGCAGCAGCUACAUACAGCCAAUGAGAUCAUAGAAAAAGAGAACCACGGCUCCAAAACUCACCAGAGCUGUUUAUGGAGAGUCUGACCACCCUACCAUUCCCCCUGUUAUAUCAGUAAAUUACUCUAGAGGUAGCCCGAGAGUCCUCUAUGAAUGGGGUGAAUCGAGCUAAAAGCUUAAAACUAAAAAUUAAAAAUAAUUAUGAACUACUUGUUCUGAAUAUUUAUUUAUUUUAAGAAAGUAGGAUAAUGUAUUUUACAAAAAAAAAAAAAAGAAAGAAAGCAUGUCUGUAUAUUUCAGUUUAUCUAAAGAAAACUAGCAUUACUGCUACUGUGAGCUGUGGCUGGCGAGCUGAUCCUGGAGAUACAUGUAAAACAUGUUUAAAACAUUUUAUAUAGUUCUGUGUUGAGGACAUAAGCACAUAUUUCAGUAUAAAUCUAAGCAAAUAUUUAUAAACUUAAUGUUGGACUCAUUGUAAGUACAUAUUCUCCUCUAUAGAGAUUCUCUGUCAUGGCAUCGCUAGUUUUCGUGUGCAUUUUAGUUCAGGUGUGUUCUCGUGACAAAAUGGUUCUGGAGACCAGCCAGGUGAGUCGGCGAUUUCCCACAGUGAGAAAUUGUGUAAUUUGUGACCCCGUGUCGCUGAUCAGUCAGUGUUAAAGUUUCAACAACUGAAGGACUCCAAGGAUUACAGCACUACCAGUCGUGUAGUGUGAACAGCACAAUGACUGAAAACUCAAAAAGUCGUGUAGUGUGAACAGCACAAUGACUGAAAACUCAAAAAGUCGUGUAGUGUGAACCUGACAUUACCUUCUAAUGAUGUAUUAUCAUUAACCAGCUCAACAGGCUUGGAGGAGAACUCUAACUGCCCAUUCUUUUGUCAGCUCACUCACACUGGUUACAGUAGAAUACUGUUAGAAUAAUGUACAGCAAAAACAAAGAGACUUUAUUUUAGCGAAAGGGGAAAUAUAAUGUGACCAAAGAUUAUCCAGAGCAAAUAGGGACAGAAUACAUGUGUGGAAAAAAAUAUAGUGUAAAUAAUUUCUAAGAGAAAAUGUAUUUGUAGUUUUACAAUGUUUAAUGGCUAUAUUGUUAUUAGGGAAAGAGAUUAUUUUAAAUACACUAAUAUGUAAUGCAUCAAUUUACUAUUACUUCAUUUAUCAAACUAUAAGCACCCUGUCAGUUUUGUACCACGUUUAUGUCACUGAAUAAACAUGUAACUUGAUGUUAUGGGCAUUUUUAUGUUACAGAACAUUUAUCAAAAAGGUCUUGAUACAUCUCCAGUACCAGUAAAACAUUUAGACACA